CCAUUCUGUAGCUGAUAUUUUUGGGAAGGGGAGUUUAGGCUAUCUGUCAUCGCUGUCGGAGCGCACGGACAGCUUCCAUUUUACGCACCGCGGCACCCGCUGAAGCCCGGAGCCGCGACGUGACGCUGUCGCAGACAUUCGGCUAUCGACGUGGCUGUAGCGAUUUCAAGACGCAAAACGCAAGCUGCUCUUUCAUCUCAUAAGCUUUGAGGAGGAGGCGGCGGCGAGGGAACAGGGGUGUCCCCCGUUUGUGUGUUAACGCCGUGUGUGCGCGUGUGUGUUUGGAACAAGAGAAAGGAGAGAGAGAGGUACGGGUAAAACAGAUCGGUCGCACGGCGGAGAAGACAACCGAUUUUGGACACGUUCUGGAGACAGAAGCGGCUCGAAUGCAGCGGCUUCACACAGAAAAAUAACAUAAACAAAACUUACUUUUCAUCACCUCUCCCGUGCAUUCAUUUUAUCGUGAUAUGUAUUAUUUCGGGGAGAAUUUUUUAACGUCUCCCAAUCUGCUGGGCAAAUUUUGCCGCUGAAGGACUUUGACGCAGACUUCUCGCUGACUUCUUGCUGCUGGACAUGGGCGCAUCUGAGGCCAAACAGCGGUAGACGGAGGGCUCGGAGCUGCUGUCCUCUGUCCCUGCUAUCUCUUGCAGAGUGGACUCACUUUUGAAAGAGAGUUUUUUUUUCUAUCUGGCCCUAAGGCCGAGUUGUUUAAAGGUCUUUUUUUUUUUGCUUCCGGCAACAGCGAAGAGACCAAGUCUUCCUCCCUUAGCCCUCACUCUCCUCUCUCUCUCACUUUUUUUUUUGGAAGCUGAACUUUUAAAGGAAAAUGGGGCACUGAGAGGGUUGGCAGAUCUCCCCACGCUAUAAUGGCUACUGACACCUAUCUGGUGAACGACGAUCCUGCCAGAGGCCCAGGGAUGCCCGAGUGUUUCCUCGUGUCUGAUACAUAUAGGGAUGAAUUCCACCCCUUCAUCGAGGCCCUGCUGCCCCAUGUCCGCGCCUUCGCUUACACCUGGUUCAACCUGCAGGCCCGUAAGCGCAAGUACUUCAAGAAGCAUGAAAAGAGGAUGACCAAGGAUGAGGAACGCGCAGUGAAGGAUGAACUGCUGGGGGAGAAGCCAGAGAUCAAGCAGAAGUGGGCCUCGCGCCUGCUGGCCAAGCUCCGCAAGGACAUCCGGCCUGAGUUUCGUGAGGACUUUGUGCUCACCAUCACAGGAAAAAAGCCCCCCUGCUGUGUGCUGUCCAACCCUGACCAGAAGGGCAAGAUCCGUCGCAUCGACUGCCUGCGCCAGGCUGAUAAGGUGUGGCGACUGGACCUGGUGAUGGUCAUCUUGUUCAAGGGCAGCCCCCUGGAGAGCACGGACGGGGAACGGCUGGUCAAGUCACCACAGUGCACCAACCCAGGCCUGUGCGUCCAGCCGCAUCACAUCGGAGUGUCCGUCAAAGAGCUGGACCUCUAUCUGGCAUACUUCGUCCACACGCCAGAGUCCGGACAAUCAGAUAGCUCCAGCCAACAAGGGGACACAGACAUCAAACCACCGCCCAAUGGGCACCUGAGUUUCCAGGACUGCUUUGUCACCUCAGGCGUGUGGAAUGUGGCAGAGCUAGUCAGAGUGUCACAGACUCCUGUAGCCACAGCGUCAGGUCCUAACUUCUCACUGGCUGACCUGGAUAGCAGUCCCAGCUACUACAACAUCAACCAGGUGGCUCUGGGGCGACGCUCCCUCACCUCCCCUCCUUCCACCAGGUCUGAGGUGGAGUUGUACGCAAACCUUCCACGGAGCUCCACCAAGAGGAAGUCAUUAGACGACAGUGAACUGGAGAGCCCCACAGAUGAUGUUUUCUACCCUGGCCGCUCGCCUGCUGCCAGCUCUUCCCAGUCCAGUGCAUGGCCCAAUGACAUGGAUGCAGUGCAGCACCAUUUGGCGAGUGUGCAGGAGAGGAAGAUAAAACAUGAAAACGAUGGCGUGCAGUUUCCUUACCAUGGGAGUCCCCGUGCCUCAGCCUCAGCCCUGCACUUUCCCUCCUCCUCUAUCAUCCAGCAGUCCAGCCCAUACUUCACCCACCCCACCAUACGCUACCAUCACCACCAGGACCCACUUAAGGAGUUUGUGCAGUUUGUGUGCACUGACAGCACAGGACAGCCCAGCGCACAGCCUAAUGGAGGUGGCCAGAGCAAAAUGCCGGGCUCCUUCCUGCUGCCCCCGCCACCCCCGGUGGCGCGCCCUGUGCCCCUCCCCAUGCCCGACUCUAAAACCAUCAGCACACCCACUGACAGCGGACUCAGCUCACCCGCAUCUCUGUCAUACUCCACGCCAGGCUCCACAGCUCCCAACCGGUUUGUCGGCAUCGGAACACGGGACAACUUUCUGAAUAUCCCCCAGCAGACUCAGUCCUGGUUCCUCUGACAAGACUUCUCUGAAUCAACAGCUAAAAUUGUGUCAUGAAAAUUGGAAAUUUGAAAAAAAAACCAACAGAUCACCGCUGAUUAAGAUCAGACUGCUGACACUAAAAAGGUCUUUUCCUCUCCCCAACACUAUUCAAAGUACAACUACAGAGCCCACAAAACUCGACCCCGCACCAAGAGGAUUCCCAAUCCAACACAAUUCGAACAGGAAUGUUCAUCCCCCUUUAUGUAGGAGGCUUCAGUGAGAUUGAGUGGACAAACUCAGAAUGCAAGGAGGAAGAAGAUGAGGAACUGUCUCUCACACACUGAGAAAUUUCAGAAAGCAAACACAAUAUGGUAAUCUGACAAAUGACCAAUUAGACACUUGUUUCUUUUUCUAUGUUAUUUUUUUAUUUUGUUGUCUCCACAAUGAAACUCCAUGCAUUGGCUGGGAGAUCCAAAAAAUAGUGGUAACUGGUGAAGUUGGAUGUGAAAGUUGAAAAUUGCAUGCCUCCACAUUUUGUGUAUUUCUCCUCACGCUUCUCCUCUGGGUGCACGGUCCCCACCGGACCCACAUCCCCUCCCACCUCACCUGGAGCUCAGUGCUGCACAGGGUCCGCACCGAGACCACAGCCACAUGCCCGCGUGUCACUAGACUAUGCCGCUUUAUUUGCUCAGCCCUGAGUCUCUUUCAUUUUUGAUUGGCCAAUCAUAGUGACACCAUCCAAUGGUGUGACAUAAAUGCACUACGUGGCUGGUCUUUGUUUACCUGUCAAAGUGUGAGGGUGUCCUGUUGUGGCAGAAGUGAUAGCCAUGAGGCAAGUGCAAGCGAGUGAAUACACGACAAUACAGUCAAAACACUAACUCUACAUGUGCUCUUUCGUCCCCUCACCUAUGCACUAUUAAUUUUUAACAAGGGAUGAACAGGAUUGCACACUGAUGGUCAGAUGAAUAAUUACAGAAGUGAGUCGAGACUGGCUGCCACUGCAGGGCUGUAGCUGCGCUAAUUCUUGGCUC